CAAAAUGCCAAAACAGGAUCCAUCAAAAGGUGGCAGAUCUACAUCUGCCCACACACCUCUUUCCAUAAGGAGAGAUAAAGAACGGGAGAGAUCAUCAUCAUCAGAAAGAGAUAGAAACAAUAAGAACAUAAUGGGUAUUUCUGAUUCUAAGAUUGGAACCAGAAUUAAUCCUCUCUUAGAAGAUCAAAGAUUGUUGUUAGACCAAUCCAAAGGCCGUGAUCCUCAUGAACAAGACGGUGCCGUCGCCGGCGCCGGCGAUGGAUCUUGUUGUUGUUCUAUUGAUUCCAUCUUCAAGUUGUUUGAAUUUGAGGAAAGCAAGAAUCAACUCAAAUUUGCUUUGCCUAUGAUCAUUACAAAUGUUUCUUAUUAUUUGAUUCCUCUUGUCUCUGUCAUGUUCGCCGGUCACCUCGGUCAGCUUGAACUCGCCGCUGCUAAUCUUGCAAACUCUUGGGCCACCGUCACCGGCUUCGCUUUCAUGGUUGGGUUAAGUGGGGCGCUUGAAACACUAUGUGGGCAAUGUUUUGGUGCCAAAUUGUACAAAAUGUUGGGAAUUUAUCUACAAUCUUCAUGUAUAAUAUCAAUCUUCUUUUCAUUCUUAGUUUCCAUCCUUUGGUUCUAUUCAGAACCAAUUUUGAUUCUUCUUCAUCAAGAUCCUCAAAUAGCUAAACAAGCUGCAAUCUUUAUCAAAUUCCUUUCUCCGGGUUUAUUCGCAUAUGGAUUCCUUCAAAAUCUUCUUAGGUUUCUUCAAACACAGAGCAUAGUUUUCCCUCUUGUUCUAUGUUCUCUUGUCCCAUUCAUUGCCCAUAUCGCAAUCGCAUAUACUUUGGUUCAUCUCACGCCUCUUGGAUUCAAAGGGGCGGCGGUGGCGGUUUCGAUUUCGCUUUGGGUGGCGGCUAUAAUGCUUGGGGUUUAUGUUUUGUCUUCUAAACAUUUUGAGAAAACAUGGAAUGGGAUUUCUGUUCAUGCUUGGAGACAUGUUGUACCUACUCUUAAGAUUUCACUUUCUUCUGCUGCUAUGGUUUGUUUGGAAGAUUGGGCUUUUGAGUUGCUUGUGAUUUUUGCUGGAUGGAUGCCAAAUUCCAAAAUGACUACUUCUUUGAUUGCAAUGUGUGUGAACACACAAGCCAUUGCCUUUAUGAUAACUUAUGGUCUGAGUGCGGUUGCAAGUACAAGGGUAUCGAAUGAACUCGGGGCUGGAAACAUUUCUCAAGCAAAACGGUCCAUGUCUUGCACCAUCAAACUCUCAGUCAUGCUUGGUUUAGUUGUAGCUACACUUUUAGCUUUCUUCGACGAUAUUUGGGCUGGCUUCUUCACAAAUAGUACCUUAGUUAUACACAACUUCACAAAGUUGACUCCACUUCUACUUGUAUCAUUGAUUCUCGAUUCCAUCCAAGGCGUUUUAUCAGGGGUUGCGAGAGGCUGCGGGUGGCAGCAUAUGGCUGUGUACAUUAACUUGGGCACAUUCUAUUUAGUUGGAAUGCCAAUCUCCGCGGUUCUUGGAUUCAAGCUAGAACUAUAUGCUAAGGGAUUGUGGAUGGGCUUAAUCUGUGGACUUUUAUGUGAGGCUGCGGCUCUAAUGUUGCUUACAUCCCGGGCAAAAUGGACAAGAGUGGAACUGACUGAGAAUGAGUAUAAACAAAACCCUAGUUUAGUUUGAUCAUUUUGAAGAACUCAGUCUUUUUCAAAAAUAUAAAACAUUCGCAAAUCUGAUUUGUAGUUGAGUUUGAUCGUUAAAAGAGUUGUAUUCAUAUA